AAGCACGUAAUAAAACUUGUGAGCUGGAAGAAUGUGCGAACAAUCUACUCUAAAGGUAUAAAUAGUGCGAGGCUGCAGACACUUACCGUCCCGAGGAAGCUCGUCUGUGGAGUGUUGGAGUAUGGAGAAGAAGGCUGUUGGAAGUACCCCAGGGUCAGAGCUUGACUGCCCAGUUUGCUUCAACAAAUAUGAACCUUUCAUCCGUAAGCCCAAGCUCCUGGCCUGCCAGCACUGUUUCUGUGCGAUCUGCCUGAAGAUCAUGGUGUCGCUUAAGGAUGGAUCCUGGGUGGUCUCCUGCCCGCUCUGCAGGCGCUGCAUGCUGGUGCCAGAUGCGUUGAUCAGCAACCUCCCGGACAAUACCAGCCUGAUGGAGGUCCUGCCCAGGAGGAUGUCCGCCUUCCCCGAAUCUGUGCCUGAGAUCGUCCUGUUGCCACACUUGCUGCAGCAGUCCCAGCCCAGCACUUUCACCCUGCUCACCCACAUCAGUGACUCCAACAGCCCUGCAGACGAGGAUGAACACUUCAGGGAUCGGAUCACCACAUCUGCCAUCAGGCGCUUUCUGGUGACCAUGCUCUUCUUCCUGAUCCUCUUGUAUGGACUUCAAUAUUUCUUCAAGAACUCUACACUGAUCUGGAUCCUCGUCAUAAUGACUGUUGUGUGCGCACUGGCCGGACUGAUCCUCCUAUACUUCACGUGUCAGAACACCAGGAGCGGAGAAACUGGGAGAUCCUGGACUCUCCUGACCUUUCUCUCGGGCCGUUGAUCCACCUUGUUCGCAAGUCAACGUUCAUCCUUUCAAAACCAUGUUAUGUGUGUUUAUUGAACAGUAAUUGCUUCUUAAGUGGGAUUGUCACCUAUGGAUACCCGGCCAAGGGUUCAAAAGUAGAAUCAGAGUGCUUCUCUGAAGACAGCCAUUUGACUCAGUGAGACUGGGCUGGCUUUCGAAGAUGAGUGCCCCAUCUCUCUCCCCACAUUCCAAGGGUUAAUUGAUAUUUAACUGAGGUAAAUAUGUAACUGUCAUAUGAACAGCAGAUUUUAAGUUUGGACAGAGUAUUAAUGUUAGUAAUGACUCCUGUAGUUGAGGAUGGCACUCACUGUAGUUGUGAGGGGCCCACCAAUCGCCAUUCUUAACAAAAGGGGCUGCCCGGAGUCCAGGUUUCAUGACCUCACUGGGACUGGGUUGAAACUGAGAUCAAAGUCAGCCACCUCACCCAUUUUCCAUUACAUGGUGAACUUUACUCAAGAUAGUUUUAUUGCAAAACAUAUGUACCGAUUACAGAACCCGAGGUCAGCUUGUAAUGAAAGUUUAUGGUCUUAAAUGUUGCUAUGUACAAACAGCACUAAUAAACAGAUUUUUGU